GCGCGGGAGGCGGCGGCGGCGGCGGCGGCCUUGGCGGCGGCGCGGAGCCCAGGGCCGGACCAAUGGUGUGCGGGGCCAGACGUUCCCCACGGCUGAUAUAGAAGGUCGACCGGACAGCUACCCUCCAGGUGGCACCGCUGCUCAUGGGACUGCCGCGGGGCGUGCUCGUCAGAUGAGGUCCGCACACGCACCAUGUCAUCAUGUGUCUCUAGUCAGCCCAGCAGUGACCGGGCCGCCCCCCAGGAUGAGCUGGGGGGCGGGAGCAGCAGCAGCAGCAGCAACAGCGAAGGCCAGAAGCCUUGCGAGGCCCUGCGGGGCCUCUCGUCCCUGAGCAUCCGCCUGGGCAUGGAGUCCUUCAUCGUGGUCACCGAGUGCGAGCCGGACUGCGCCGAGGACCCUGGCCCCACCCAGGACCCGCUCCUGGAGGCUGAGGGCCUCGACGCGGGGGCCCAGGCCCGACCCCGCCUCUCCAGUCGCAAGCUGUCUCUGCAGGAGCGGUCCCAGCUGGAUGCAAACGGCCGCUGCAUCCACCCGGCCCAGCCCUCCUCCCCCGUGGGCUCCCCGCAGUCCUCGCCCCGGCUGCCCCGGCGGCCCACCGUGGAGUCCCGCCACGUCUCCAUCACGGGUUUGCAGGAUUGUGUUCAGCUGAACCAGUACACGCUGAAGGAUGAAAUCGGAAAGGGCUCCUAUGGCGUGGUCAAGUUGGCCUACAAUGAAAAUGACAACACCUACUAUGCGAUGAAGGUGCUAUCCAAAAAGAAGCUGAUCCGACAGGCGGGCUUUCCACGUCGCCCCCCGCCCCGAGGCGCCCGGCCAGCCCCCGGGGGCUGCAUCCAGCCCAGGGGCCCCAUUGAGCAGGUGUACCAGGAAAUUGCCAUCCUCAAGAAGCUGGACCACCCCAAUGUGGUGAAGCUGGUGGAGGUCCUGGAUGACCCCAACGAGGACCAUCUGUACAUGGUGUUUGAACUGGUCAACCAAGGGCCUGUGAUGGAGGUGCCCACCCUCAAGCCGCUCUCUGAAGACCAGGCCCGUUUCUACUUCCAGGACCUGAUCAAAGGCAUCGAGUACUUACAUUACCAGAAGAUCAUCCACCGGGACAUCAAGCCUUCCAACCUCUUGGUGGGAGAAGACGGGCACAUUAAGAUUGCGGACUUCGGCGUGAGCAACGAGUUCAAGGGCAGCGACGCGCUCCUCUCCAACACGGUGGGCACACCGGCCUUUAUGGCGCCCGAGUCGCUCUCCGAGACCCGGAAAAUCUUCUCCGGGAAGGCCUUGGAUGUUUGGGCCAUGGGUGUGACACUCUACUGCUUUGUGUUUGGCCAGUGCCCGUUCAUGGACGAGCGGAUCAUGUGUUUGCACAGUAAGAUCAAGAGCCAGGCCCUGGAGUUCCCAGACCAGCCCGACAUAGCCGAGGACCUGAAGGACCUGAUCACCCGCAUGUUGGAUAAGAACCCCGAGUCCAGGAUCAUGGUGCCCGAGAUCAAGCUGCACCCCUGGGUCACGAGGCACGGGGCGGAGCCGUUGCCGUCGGAGGACGAGAACUGCACGCUGGUCGAGGUGACCGAAGAGGAGGUCGAGAACUCGGUCAAACACAUUCCCAGCCUGGCGACCGUGAUCCUGGUGAAGACCAUGAUUCGAAAACGCUCCUUCGGGAACCCGUUCGACUGCAGCCGGCGGGAGGAGCGCUCGCUGUCGGCGCCCGGAAACCUGCUCAGCAAAAAACCAACCAGGGAAUGGGAACCCCUGUCUGAGUCCAAGGAAGCGCGGCAGCGAAGACAGCCUCCCCGGGCCCGACCCGCCCCUCUCGGGGGAGGAGGAAGUGCUCUUGUGAAGGGCGGUCGGCGUGUGGAGAGCUGGGGGGCCCUGGGCCCCGGCCACCACCGGACGCGCAUGCACCCUCUGCGGCCAGACGACGCGAUGGAGUAGCGGCCGGACGCCCGUGACCUCGCAUGCUGGGCGUCUCACCUCCAGGGCUGCGCACCCUGCGUUUCCAUAGCAGCAUGUCCUACGGAAACCGAGCACGUGUGUAGAGCCUUGCCGUCAUCUCUGGUUGUUUUUUUUUUUUUCUUUUCUUUUUUUUUCUUCCUUUGUUGUUUUUUAAAGGGGACAAAGAAAAAAACAACAACACACAACAACCCACAAAACACUCCAUGACAUUGACCUUGGCCGCUGGCUGGCUGAACAGGCAAGUGUGAGGAGUUGCAGGCCCAGAGCCACAUGCAUUUUGGGACAGUUUUGCUUUAUAAAACGUUUUUAUGCCAAAAAAUCCUUCAUUGGGAACCCGGAACCACGUCAGAUAUACCGAGAGGACAUGUGUGUAUGGGGGGGGGGGGGUUGAAGAGGGUGAAAACCUGGCUGAAAACUCAGAAGGCGUGGCCUGCGACCACAGAGUGAGUGAGCUGCCACAUCUGAAAGGGAGAAGAGUGGAUGAGCCUUCUCCUGCAAACCCCAAACCCAGAACCACACCACCUUCCAGCACCGGGACUCACGGCAGCGAGGCAGGGCCAGCCCUCAGUAGCUGCGGGGAGCUUGGAUGCAACCUAUUUGUAAGAAGGACUUGAACAUUUUUUUAUUUUUACUUUAUUUUAUUUUAUUUCUUCGUGUGACUGGAAUUGUCAGGAAAACAGAAAGGGCUUGAUGGCGAAUUGUUUCACAGAGGGGAUUGUCAACCCUAAAGGGCAUUUGUGGUGGAGGUGGUGGCGGUGGAGGGAGAAGUUUUGCUUAAAGGACUUGAAUGCAUACGGGGAGGUGGCCCAGCUCUCUCAGCAAAUCUCUCGUUCCGUUACAAAAAAUCAGGGUGAAAUCCUCUACUUCCAUGGAGACUCCAUGGCUUAAGGGGGAGCAAACAAGCAAAAACGGUCCCUUCUCCAACCAGCCUGAACGUGAGUCCUUCAGGAACCACCCAGACCCUCCAGGACCUAGUCCCCGGCUUCGGGCGGGUGAUGGGAGUUAGAACCCACGAAACCCGCGCUUGUAAAUUAGCAGCUUAGCUUGUUGAUAGCCUGUGUGAUUCUAGACACGGAACACUUUGUUCUCCCCUUAAAUGCCAGCCGAGCAUUGUCCGUAGUGAAACAGUUUAUCCAGUUUCCAGAGGGCCGGUUAGGAAAUGGUUUCAUUCGACCGAGACGCAACCCAUCAUCCGUAGCAGCAAAGCUCUGUUAGGAUGGACACGGGGAGAACCCUGACACGCCCUAUGGGGAAGGCCGUGGGAAUCCAGAGCCCUCCUCAGGGUCCCUGGAACCCGGGCUCGGCACAGGACUUCCCUUCCGCAGUCAGAAGCCCAGAGAGAAAGGUUUAUCCUGUCUGACCUCCAUCUGGUCCUGGGCAAUGGGGCUGCAGUCCCAGCGGGUCUUCUUCCAGGGGCACGUGUGGGUGAUGGUGAAGGUCAGGGGUUAGGGAAACUGGGAGGACUUUGUCCUGGGAGAUUCCCGGUGCUUUGUGGAACCCGGGGAAACACUACCUGCUUUCUGUAGUCUCUGUGCGGUCGGCCUUGGUAUGAGGACAUUUGGAGAGAGAGACAGACAGGCAGACAGACAGACACAAGCAAGGACUGGUGCCCCUGCCCAGCACGUCCUCAGAGCCCAGGAAUUCUUGGCAUCUGUAGAUCUUGAACGUAAGCUCUGGACUGUCUGUCAUUUGGCCAGUCUUUUCUCGUGAUCCUAUAACAGUACAGAAUGAGGAACUGCUGGUUUCCAAAGAGCAAAGGACACCUGUCCCGAUGGAGGGCCCUCUCGCCUGUUUGCUUGCUGCUUGUAACCUGGCACUUCCUCCUGCCCUCCCUCCCUGCUAUGCCUGUUUAGAUGCCUGGGCCCCACCCCUUCCCGGAGCGGGUGGGGUCUGGUGGGUUUGCAGCGAGCUCCUUGCCGUUGUGUUGUUUGUCUCAGCUGGUUCAUGUGACUCCGGCCUGGCGGGUGGCGCGUCCCACACAGAUCUUCUGCAGAACUCCUGUGCUGACACAGCCACACCGGGCAACGCCAUCUCCCCCCCCCCCCCCCCCCCCCCCCCCCGCGACCUCGCGUGGCAGGUUUCACGUGUGGAAUGCCAGCCAUUAGGCAGCACCCAUUUCAGCGGUGGGUUAGGGAGGCCCAAGUUCAUGACUUUUUUUUUUUUUUUUUUUUUUAAACAAAGAAACACCAAAGAAAGCUGUGGAAAGGGACUGGCUGCCACCCCCAGGAAGCCUAAGCAGAGAGGGCUGUACCAUGAGGUGUUAACUACCACCCCCUUGGGGCACAAACGUUGGUUUUUCCAAAGCCGGCUCUCGGGCGAGGGGAAGCCAUUAGGCGCAGCGGUUUCCGGUGAGCCAAAGGCCGCCCGUCCGUUUCUCCCGUUGCCGGCUCGUCUGUGGGACCGAUUGGGUGUAAGCAACCUGUGGCCUGCAUCUGGGCCUCGAAGGAAGCACAACUUUGCCAUCUUUUCCUCUGCCCCGUUGUACCCCUCCCCGCUCCCCCCGUCCCUAUUCUGCUGGCUCACCAGUGGCUCCCAUAAAGCCUUAUCUAGCCCCUUGUCGGCACUGGGGGCCCGAGAGGCUGUCUCCCCGCUAGCCCGGCCUUUCCUGAGAGUUAGGGCUCCUGUCCUCAAAGCCUGUCUGGACCAAGGAGGCUCAUACCUGUGCAUUUAGACACACAGGUUCGACCUGCCACUCACCCAUCUUCCCGGGGGGAGCUUCACGUUGCCAGGGGGGGAAGAACCAUGACCUCCAACUUAUUUCUAAGGUGCUAGGGAAGGUUCCAAGGUCGUCGGUCCCCAUCUUCCCUCCAGCUCUACGGGCCGAGUUUCGUGGGACUGCUGACUUUUCUAUUCUGUGAUUGAUUUACUGCCCGAUGUUUCCGUUUCAUUCCUGAUCCUUUCUACUAUGCAUUUUUCCUUUUAUCAGGUGUACAAAGUUAAAUACUGUGUAUUUAUCACUUAAAAAGACAUGAACUUGAGAAGAAAAACAAAACAACAACAAAACAAAUAAGCCUUUGGUGUUUUUCCACAAAUGUUUAAGCUUCUCUGUAAACUUGAAAUAAACAGCCAAAAUGGUGCAAA